CUGCAUCGGCAAUUAUUAUCUUAUCUCUUUAACCUUCAUUUCUGCUUUUGGCUAUGAAUUAGGACUUAAGAAAUAGUUCAGCAUAAACAAUAAACCAUGGCGCCGACCGCAGCAGUACCAGUGGAGCGAUAUGAACCCGAGAGGAUUGGCAUCAACGCCAUUCUGCUGGGUCCGCCGGGUUCCGGCAAAGGAACGCAGGCUCCCCUGCUGAAGGAGAAGUUCUGCGUCUGCCAUUUAUCUACUGGCGAUAUGCUGCGGGCGGAAAUCUCAUCCGGUUCCAAGCUGGGAGCAGAGCUGAAAAAGGUCAUGGAUGCCGGCAAACUCGUGUCCGAUGAGCUUGUGGUCGACAUGAUUGACUCUAACUUGGAUAAGCCCGAGUGCAAGAACGGAUUCUUGUUGGACGGAUUCCCAAGGACUGUCGUUCAAGCUGAAAAGCUCGACACACUGCUUGACAAGAGGAAAGCCAAUCUGGAUGCUGUUAUUGAAUUUGCCAUCGACGACAGUCUUUUGGUGAGGCGUAUCACUGGCCGUUUGAUCCAUCAAGCUAGCGGGCGCUCGUAUCACGAGGAAUUUGCCCCUCCGAAAAAGCCAAUGACCGAUGAUGUUACCGGAGAACCUCUGAUGCGACGAAGCGAUGACAACGCCGAAGCUCUGAAGAAGAGGCUUGAAGCAUAUCAUAAGCAAACCAGGCCCCUGGUUGACUACUAUGGGUUGAGGGGAUUGCACUUCAAGGUUGAUGCCGCCAAAAAGUCCAGCGACGUCUUUUCCACUAUCGACACAAUAUUCCAACGCCAACGUCCCGCCAAGAUUCAAUUAUGAGUUGUUCCUGGGCAAUGAUCAAGUACUGAAACUACUGCCUCCUGACAAAUUACUUUGAGACACACAAACAACGUUUAAGCGUAAAGUUAAAAGUUGCAUCUAGAAAUCCUUAAUAGACAAAAAUUAUGAUUAUUUAAAAAGGUCCACAGGUUUACAUACUUUCCUUGUACAGAUUUCUAAAAUGUAUAAGUGUUUGUUACUCUUUACAUUUCACUAUUUGUAACUACAAUAAACAAAAUGAACAAAAUA